UAACCCUCUGCUGGUGAGUUCCUGAGGACACUGCAUCCUGAGGGCAGCAGGAGAUGCAGCCGCUCCCAGCCCUCCUUGAUUAGGAUAUGUCAGGGUUGUCAGGGCAACUGUUCACUGUAGGUAGCGUGUCAUCCUUUCCCUUCUGCUGUGUGCCGAAUGUUUCACUGUGCAGUAGCAGUUAGAAGACUGGAAAAGUGCUGCAGCAGGAAGGAGAAGCCGGGAUCUGAUUGAACAGCAGCAGUAUGCCUGGAUCAGCUACAGCUAUCCGACAAGAGAGACUGAAGAAGACCCAUGCAAGGCCAAUUCCCCUUGGUUUAUUCACCAUUAAUGAGGAAGAUGAGCAGCAAAAGAAUGGAAAUUCCAGAAGACCGAAAGUGCCUGACAGCUAUAAAGUGCAAGAAAAGAAAACUGCCCCCAACCGCCCCUCCUCUACAGUUUCAGGAGAAAAUGUGGACCACUCAGGAAAUAAACCAGACCCCCCACUUGUGCUACGAGUUGAUGACCGGCAGCGGCUGGCCCGAGAGCGCCGAGAGGAACGAGAAAAACAGCUAGCUGCUCGAGAAAUCAUCUGGCUAGAAAGAGAAGAGCGAGCCAGGCAGCACUAUGAAAAGCACUUGGAAGAGCGGAAGAAGAAGCUGGAGGAGCAGCGACUCAAGGAAGAGCGGCGGAGGGCUGCAGUGGAGGAGAAGCGAAGACAGAGGCUGGAAGAGGACAAGGAACGCCAUGAGGCUGUUGUACGCCGUACAAUGGAAAGGAGCCAGAAGCCAAAGCAGAAGCAUAACCGGUGGUCCUGGGGAGGCCCUCUCCAUGGGAACCCCAGCAUCCACAGGGCAGAUCCAGACAGGCGGUCAGUUUCCACCAUGAAUCUUUCGAAACAUGUUGAUCCUGUCAUUAGCAAGCGACUUUCGUCCUCAUCUGCAACUUUGCUAAAUUCUCCAGAUAGAGCUCGCCGCCUGCAGCUCAGCCCCUGGGAGAGCAGCGUUGUUAGCAGACUGCUGACGCCCACACAUUCGUUCCUGGCCAGAAGUAAAAGCACAGCUGCCUUGUCUGGAGACACAGUUAUCCCCAUUUGUCCUCGUUCAGCAUCUUGCAGCCCCAUCAUCAUGUCCUUCAAAGCUGCACACUCUAGAAAUCCAGGGGAUCGACCAAAACUCUUUGUGACACCACCUGAGGGUUCUGCACGAAGGAGGACCAUCCAUGGCACAGCGGUGAGUAUGAGUCAUAAAAGAGAGAGAGAGCGAGAACAUGGCCACUUCUAUCUUACCUCUGGCAUCCGAAGGACUCUAUCUCCAUCUAAUCCCAAAGCGAGAUCACCAGCUCCCGCCCGCCUUUGGCUCCCAUCCAAGUCCAUGCCUCAUUUGCCUGGCACACCCCGACCAGCAUCCUCCUUGCCUCCUGGCUCAGUCAAAGCUGCUUCUUCUCAGGCCCAUCCCUCAUCCCCCGGCAACAUUCGCCCUAUCAAGAGAGAAGUCAGAGUAGAACCCGAGAAAAAAGACCCUGAGAAGAAAGUUGCCAAUGAACCCUUGCUAAAGGGCAGGACACCUUUAGUGAAGGUAGAAGAAGUCCCAGUUGAAGAGGGGACACCUGUGGAGCCAGCUGAACCUGCUGCUCCAGCCUCGGCCCCUGCUCCAACUCCAGUCCCUGCUCCAGUCCUGGCCCCAGUCCCUGUCCCAGCACCACCAUCCACUGUGACUGCCAGUGCUAUUCCUAAGACCUCUGCAGGCACCACUGAUCCAGAAGAGGCCACAAGGCUGUUGGCGGAGAAGAGGCGGCUAGCUCGUGAGCAAAGAGAGAAGGAGGAAAGGGAGAGAAGGGAGAAAGAAGAGCUGGAAAGACAAAAGAUAGAGGAACUGGCUCGAAGGGUGGCUGAAGAGCGAAGUCGCCGAGAAGAAGAAUCCCGUCGCCUCGAAGCAGAGCAAGCGCGGGAGCAGGAGGAGCUGGAGCGCCAUCAGGCUGAGGAGGAGCGGGAGCGUCGGGAGAGGGAGGAGGUGGAGCGUGUGCAGAAGCAGAAAGAAGAAGAAACCCGUGUCCGGGAGGAGGCAGAGAGGGUCCGACAGGAACGGGAGAAGCAUUUCCAGAGGGAAGAACAGGAGCGUCUGGAGAGGAAGAAGAGACUUGAAGAGAUUAUGAAAAGAACCAGGAGGACAGAAUCUACAGAUAAGAAAACCAUUGAUCAAAGAAAUGGUGACGUAGACAAGGGAGUUCUCACUGGAGAAACAGAGGUAUCUGCACUCCCAUGUAUGAACUCUCCAGGAAAUGGAGACUCAGCAGCCAGCCUACAUGUGGUCACUUUACAACAAUCAAAAGUGACCACAGAGAGUUCUCCUAAUUUGGAAAAACAGCCAAGUGAAAAUGGAGUAUCUAUUCAGAAUGAAAACUUUGAAGAAAUUAUAAACUUGCCUGUUGGAUCAAAAGCAUCCAGAUUAGAUGUUACCAACGAGAACCCAGAAAUUCCUUUAAAACCAGUUUUGGCAUUUGAUGAUGAAGGGACACUUGGGCCCCUACCUCAGGUAGAUGGUGUUCAGACACAACAGACCACAGAAGUUAUAUGAGCAUUUCCUCUGAAGAACCAAAGCAAAAAUUUUCUACAGUUAAUGGAAUUUAUUUCAUGUUCCAAAGGAGUAUCCCCCUUUCUCCAGUUUUCUAAAGAUUUCUUGACCAUCAUUUUGAAAAGACUUAUUAAAACCAGCUAAAGACAACAGACUGGAUAGCUUUUCUAAUAAUUUUUGCCAUUAGAAAGAAAAAUGCUCCUUAAUCUUCGGUACCUUAAGAUGGCUUUUUCUAGUGUGCUCCUUCUUAGCAAAUCAAUAUUUUUCUGCAUUCUUUACAAGACAAGAGCAUUUGACUGAAAAAGAUAUGGGCUCUAGGCAUGAUUUUUCACAUAGAUAUUUUGGUCUUUAAACUUCAAUAUAUGAAAUUGGCAAAAAUAAAUUACCUUUUACAAUGUAAUACUUGAAAAACUAAGUACCUCUUUGCUCUACAAGUAGAGUGGCUGGGAGGUGUUUAAAUAAACCUGUUUAUUUAAAUGUUACUGCAAAGGACUCUAUUUGUAGAGGCAAAUGAUAGGCAAAUUACCAGGUCUUGUAAAUGCAGCUUGUACAUGGCAUUCUGCAGACCUGUCUUCUUGCAACUCCUUUUAUAGAAGUGUACUAACAAGCUGUGGAAAAUAAUUAUGUUUUUCAGAGCAAGAAAAUACUUUACUGUCCUCUUAAGUAAUGUAUUUAUAAAGUUUUUUUCAGGUAAAUAAAAUAAAUUAGAACAAUGUGACAACACUGCAUAUUUGCUUCAGUAGAUACACUGUCUGAUGCUCCGUGAGGAAUGUCAUUGACGGUUCAGGCUGUUUCUGAAGUUUGUAUGUUGCUGCUGUCCCCUGUCAUGGUGGGACUUAUCUUUGCCUUACGUGAUCACAAAUUAUGUGGGGGGAAAUAAAGAUUUAAUGUUUCUUUAAAUCAAAAAAGAAUUUGGUUUUGCUCGUUUCAGAGCAAUGAGAAAAUGCUGGACUGUUGACUGUGUGGUGCCCAGGACAAGGGUCUUCAUGGAUGUCCUCGUCUGUGUGCCUCAGUCAGCUUUCCACCUUCUGUCAUCGCUCUCCACUUUUGCUGCUGCACCUCGCUGUACAAACUUGCACUUUGAUUUGCUAAUAGAAAUCCAAUGUUAUUUUCCCACUUAAGAGACAACUAAUGACUAAAUGGAGAGGGAGAAAGGAAUGCUGAGAGAAAAUUUUAUGUGGAGUGUUAAAAAAGAGAUAAAUUUAUGCCACUAUAAUGUAUUGGUUUUAUACAGUGAGUGAUUGGUUAAUCCGCUGGAUCGAAUGAGAGACUAUUCAUCAAUUGGAUUAUUUCUUUUAAAUCCAAGCAUAUGAUCUUUAGCAACAGCUUGUAUUUGUUAAAACAUUAAGUUGUGGGUUUUUCCUGUUCUCAGUUGUCCAUGUACACAUAGACAUUGUAUUAAAAAAAAUUCUGUUCAACAAAGUUGUUUCAUUUGUUUAAAAUCUACCAAGCAUGAAAUACCAAUAAAAUGUUUGAUGUCAUUUUA